UGCAGCGUGAUGAAGAAUUCAGACAGAAAACGACCUUAGGAAGAACCAGAGUUUAUCAUUUCUACAGAAGCUGCGCUAUUGCCAAAGGAAAUUAAAACCUAGCAGAAAAAAGUGGGUUGGACAACACAUCACAGAAGCAGCUACUGUAAAGUGCGAGAAAAGAGCACUGAGCUGCACUGCGAGAAAAACACAGACAAGACACAUUCUGGCACAACAAAGGGGGAGAGGCUUCAUAUAUUACAGAUAGUUAACCUGGAGAUCCGAGAUGUCAUCCAUAUCAGUGCCUGGAACUGAAGUUGUUGCCCAAUUUCGCAUUGCUGAUGUAAUUGCUAAGAAACGCGAUGGCUUGACACUAUCCGCGCAAGAGAUCAGACAUGUGGUAAAAGCAACAAUGACUGGCCAAGCUCAAGAUAGUCAGCUGGGCGCUUUGCUUAUGGCAAUCCGUCUUCAGGGCAUGAAUCCAGAAGAAACCAUGACGUUGACAAAAGAAAUGGUGGCCUCUGGUGGUGUACUUGAGUGGCCAGAGGAAUGGAGAGGUUUGUUGGUCGACAAACAUUCUACAGGAGGAGUUGGAGACAAAGUAAGCCUUCCACUGGCCCCAGCACUCGCUGCCUGUGGUUGCAAGGUUCCAAUGAUCAGUGGGAGAGGACUGGGACACACUGGAGGAACUUUGGAUAAGUUGGAGUCAGUUCGUGGUUUUAGUUCACAGCAGAACCCUGAACAGAUGCUGGAAAUCCUAAGAUCUGUUGGUUGCUGUAUUGUAGGACAAUCCAAGAACCUUGUACCAGCUGAUAAGAUAUUUUAUGAGAUGCGAGAUGUGACAGCAACUGUGGACAGUCUGCCACUUAUAACAGCUUCUAUCAUGAGUAAGAAGAUGGCAGAGAGUCUUUCUGCAUUAAUACUGGAUGUAAAGUUUGGUGCAGCAGCUCAAAGUCCAACCAUACAAGAGGCAAAGCAUCUUGCACAUAGUCUUGUAAAUGUUGGCGUCUCUAUGGGAAUCCCCACGAUUGCUCUUAUAACAAAUAUGGAUACUCCCAUUGGCCGUUGUAUCGGAAACAGCCUUGAAGUCAUAGAAGCCCUGGAGUGUCUUGAGGGAGGAGGGCAUGAAGACCUCAGAGAGCUGGUCCUACAUACAGGAGGCUAUCUCCUCUGGCUUUGUGGACAAGCAGAUUCAGAAACACAAGGGGUGGAGAAAAUUGCCAAUGUCUUACGUAAUGGAUCUGCCCUACAAUGUUUCCGAAAGAUGAUGGAAGCACAGGGUGUGGAGCCUGACAUAGCAAGGACUCUGGGCUCCAGCAGCGAACUGGGAAAAACAUCUCAUGUUGAAGAACUUAAAGUUCCAAAAACAGGUACAGUGGAGUUAAUCCAAGCCAGACCUAUUGCUGAAAUCCUGAAUGCACUUGGAGCUGGGAGAAAGAAAGCAACGGAUGAAAUCAACCAUAGUGUUGGAGCAGAAUUACUUGUGAGAGUGGGGCAGCGUGUAGAAAAAGGAGUCUCCUGGAUACGAAUCCAUUAUGAGAAACCGCUUCUUCAGGACAUUCAACGUCAGACCCUUCAGGACGCUCUUUGUAUUUCAGAGAAACCAACUUUUAUACCUGAACCUCUUAUUAGGGAUGUUAUUUAUGCUGAAUGCAAGAAGGGAGAGAACGGUGAUGCUGUAUGCAGGGAGAGGGAGAUUAACUGAGUAACAGCUGACGAUUUUAUUUAUAUGGUUCAAAGAAAAAGCUUAAAUGGGCACUGUCAUGAAAACAAAAAAUUGAUAUGUUAUAGUGCUUAAGUACUACAACAUAUCUCUAAUAUAGUUUAAUUAAAAAAAGUGAUUUUAAAACAGUUUAAAAUCACUUUUAAAUUCGGCCACUAGGGGUCGCCCUCCUAGUGGCCGAAUGCAUUCAGCAGUGAAUGAAUUCCGACUCAUUGAAGCCUGGCAACGAGUCGAAAUUCAAUCACUGCUGUGCUCGCUCCCGCCUGUCAAUCAGACAGGCGGGAGCGAGUGCUUUGAAGGAAGAGGACGCGCGCAGGCUCGGGGACAAGGUAAAGGUAAUUUUAUGUCUGAUACUUGUCUUUGUUUGUAACCCAUAAUUGUAAGCGCUGCAGAAUCUGUAGGCGCUAUAUAAAUAAAAUAAAUAAAUGUUCACUGUAUUAUGUAUACAUGUAUUAUGUAUAUG